CCAGGAAGAUGGACAGAAAUGGAGCUGAGAAGGCAAAAAUCCGGCUCUCUAAGAGCCUCUCAGAGGGUGAAAAAGCAACCGUCGCUUCUCGAAAAGAAGUGGUGAAGAAGGGGCUUGCCAAGCUUGGAAUUCCAGCCGAUGCGAACAAAAUCCCCACUAUUGCUGUCCUGGGAUCAGGGGGAGCUCUACGGGCCAUGAUCGCCCUUUAUGGGACACUGGCAGAACUAAAGAAGUACAAUCUCUUGGACUGUAUUACUUAUCUAGUUGGAGUGUCAGGUUCUACCUGGUGCAUGUCAUCCCUCUACAAACAUGAAGGCUGGCCACAAAAAAUAGAAGCCUUGGAAAAACUUCAGGUUGAAAAGCUUGCACAAAACAAGUGGGAUGUGAAAGAGGGAAAAUCAGCUGUAGCUGAUGCUGCAGAUGAAGAAACCUACUCUCUGACUGAUUUUUGGUCCUAUUUAAUUGUGCAUCAGUUGCUAAAUGAGUUGGAUGAGACUGAACUUUCUAUGUACUCACUACCUGCGGAAAGAGGGAAAGCUCCUUAUCCUAUCUACGCAGCUGUGGACAAAAACACCUACAGUAAACUAACUGAAGGCUCCUGGUUUGAAUUUACCCCACAUGAAGUUGGAGUUCCUGGCCUAGGAGCAUAUGUCAACCUCAGAUACUUUGGGAGUGUGUUUGAAAAUUGCCAACUGAAAGAAGAGAAGCAGGAGAAAAACAUCUGCUAUCUGCAAGGUUUAUGGGGAAGUGCCCUUGGCAGUGAGAGAGAAAUUUAUGAGUCUAUAAAAGAUUCCUUAGGGUUAUUUCCAAACCAGGACAGAUCAAGAGAAGGAGAUACUUUGGAUUUCCAGGUUGUUAGCAAAUUCUACCAGGCUUAUCAGUGUGUGGUGGAGCUAUAUCUGCGUAUAGUAGAUGGAAAAGAAGUGGACGCCCUUUUUGACCGCCUUGAAAACCUCCUGAACACCCCCAAGACCAAGAAAAGCUAUGAUAUGGUCCGAGAGAUGCGUAAGACCUGGGCUUCUGCAGAUGCCACGAAGAGGAAGAAUGACUGCAUGGGGUUGGGCAAAGCUCUGGAAGAGGAUUUUGGAAUACUGGACAUAAUUCUGAGCAAGCCUUUGAAAAUUGUUAAAGAGAAAGUAGUGGACAAGGUUGUGGAGAAACCUUUGGAAGUAAUUAAAGAUAACAAAGUAGUGGACAAGGUUGUGACCAAACCUAUGGAAGCAAUUAAAGAUAAAGUCGUGAACAAACCUAUGGAAGUAAUGAAAGAUAAAGUUGUGGACAAACCUAUGGAAGUAAUAAAAGAUAAAAUAGUGGACAAAGUCGUGAAAAAACCUAUGGAAGCAAUUAAAAAUGGCAGCCAAAUGAUUCCAAAUCCUAUCUCUUCUGGAAGCCAGGCGAUUGGUCAGCUGAUCCCAAAAGGAAAACCUCCAUCAGAACAGCCAAAGGAAGCUGCCAAGGUUGGCUAUAGCAUCUUACGUUUUGUCAAUGUGGUGAGAAAGACUUAUUCCAGCCUUUUGACGUGGACAUGGGGGACCGUCAACAACUUCCUGUAUAAAUGUGCCGCUGUUAAGUAUACUGACCUGACAGAGGAACCAGUCCUCAAUCUGAUUGAUGCUGGUUUGGCCAUCAACACCGCUUACCCGCUUAUUUUGCACCCUGAGAGGAAUGUCAAGCUGAUCCUCUCUUUUGACUUCAGCUCUGGGGAUCCUUUUGAGACCCUCAAAAAAACCAUUGAGUACUGUAAGAAAAACAGAAUCCCAUUCCCCAAGAUUGACGAAAAAGAGAUGAAUGACACAGAGAAUCCGAAAGACUGCUACAUCUUCAGAGGAGAGAAUGGCCUAACUGUCAUGCAUUUCCCACUAUUCAACAAAGUCAACUGCCCAGAACAAAUCGCACAAUACAAUGACCAGUAUUCCACUUUCAAGAGGAACUAUACCCGUGAAGAAAUUGAAAAGCUCCUCAUUGCAGCCAAGAAAAAUGUCACCAAUGUUCGGCAAAAGAUUGUGGAAGAGAUCAAGCGUACUGUGGGUUCACAACGCGCUUAAGC